UUUUAGGUUUAGGUUUCUGGGUGCCCCUUCCUUCAAGAUUUUAAAGGCGGCCCAGAUUCUCGAAGGAAACAAAAAUCGGCGUUUUAGAAAACUAUUUGGGCGCUGUCAUUUGUGUAGCUCCCACCCAGCCCCACGUCAUCAAAAAAUCUAGAGCUAGAGUAAACGCACUGGCUGGCAGCACUACGGGCACGGGCACCAGUGCGCAGUGCGUUGGGUUGGGAGUGCGUUGUUUUGUUUGCCAGCUGAUCGGGAGGCAAAAGCUUCAGUCUUGUUUGGUUCGUGUCACUUAGCACGUUUGGAAAGUUUUUUGAGCGAUUUAGCCGUUUUUAGCAGCUCCUUACUUUGUUAUUUCUGCAAGGUACACUGUGUUUGGCUCUCUAUGGAGUUUUAACUCUGCCAUUUUUAUAAAAGCAAACAAAGAUGGGAGGUUCAGUCAGUGCUGGUGUCAAUAAUGAUGAUUUGGUUGACAACUUAGUGUCAGCUGAAUUCAUCAAGACAUCCAGUGUUGAGCGAGCUUUUCGUGCUGUGGACCGGGGAAUGUAUUUCACUGCCCAAGGCCGUGAAAGUGCCUACACAGACUUACCUUGGAAGUCAGGAAAUAUUCAUUUGUCAGCACCAUGUAUCUAUUGUGAUGUUAUGGAAAGUCUGAAUCUGAGACCAGGCAUGAGCUUUUUAAAUCUAGGCUCAGGCACUGGUUACAUGAGCACUAUGGCUGGACUGAUUUUAGGGCCUUAUGGUAUAAACCAUGGGGUAGAAAUUCAUCAUGAUGUAGUGCUGUAUGCUCAGGAAAAAUUAGAGGAAUUCAAAAAAACUGCUGCAGCCAUUGAUAAAUAUGGCUUUUGUGAGCCAAAAUUCAUUCAAGGUAAUUGUUUACAGUUAGAUGCCUGUUCCUUCAAGUAUGAUCGAGUUUAUUGUGGUGCAGCAUGUCCUCCAUCUUAUGAAAAUUACAUCAAAAACUUUGUGAAGGUGGGAGGCAUUCUGGUUUACAUUUUAAAAGAUCGCCUCUUGAAAGUCACUCGUCUAUCAGAAACAACAUGGGAGAAAAAGUCAGUACAACCUGUGGCAUUUGCUGGCUUAAUAGAACCCCAAUCAUCAACAACUGUAUUAUUGCCCAUUGCUGAACCUAUUUCAUUGAUGGAUGCUUGUCGCACCACCAUCAGAGCUCUUCUGCAAAAUGCUGUUGACCAUGAACAUCCAGAACUUAAAAUUCCUCUGGCACCAAAAGUCAAGUCUAAGAAACAGCGAACUUUGCAGCGUCUUUUUAUGCCAAUGUUUGAAUCUGACAAUCUUCUGAACAGUCUCAACAGUCUUGCUUACUUGGAUAGAGUUGACAGAAGAGAUGUUGAUAGUGACUGGGAUGAUAACACAUCUACUUCAUCAAGAGCUGAAGGCAGUACCUCCAGCCCACUCUGUUCAGAUAGACCUGUUGCAGAUGAUGCUAGUGGUUCAUCGUGUUCAACUAGCACUGAACACCAACCUCGUGGCUUCAUGAUCAGGCUUGAAGAAUCAUCUUCUGAUGACAGUGAUGAUCCAUCUGAUUCCAGUAGCAGCAUUAGUAGCUUAACAAGAGUUUACAAAGCUGAGGACACACUGUUACAUACAACGGAAUCUCAUUCGGUUGCACAAGACCAAGUAGCUCGUAGUUCGGACUCAAGUAGGCCUCAAGAUGAUUCGUCUGACACAUCAAUGGAUGUAGAUCGGCCUAUCUCUGACAAAUUUCCGUCAGGGUCUAACAAACCUAAAAACAAACAUUCAGAAGGUACUGUUACUAUAAGGGAAAGAAACAAACGUAAAGAAGCUGAGAUGGAAGAAAGUGAUGAUCCAAAUCAGUCAACCAGUUUUGUGCAUGUGUCUCCCUCAGUUAGUAGCAGUCCAAGUGAAAGUAAUCCCACUCAUGUUGGUGACGGUAAAGUAACUCAUUCUGGUCAGAAAACGAGUGGAGCAAAGAAGGAGAAAGUGGACAGUGGGAUUGGAGAUGUCCUUAAUUCAUGGGGCAUUUCUUCUGAUUUAGAAUCAGAAUUGGAUCUUGCCUCAGAUACUGAUUCUGAGGACGACCCCAACUUAGCUUACAAAAUUGGCACGGAAAGAUUCCGGCGUCGGCGGAGAAAUGGUAAGACCUUUGCCGAAAUGGCAAAGAAAGACCGAAAAAAAAAUUUGCCAGUCCAAGAGCAGAGGAAGCAGAUGACCAAUGCAUAUGUACUACAUAUGCGAUCAAAGAUACAGCAACUUCCUUUGCCACCAAGUAUAAAGUCAUACAUUAAUUAUUAUAGAGAACUGUGAUUUUGUCGUGUAUUUAGUUUUGAUAUUUUUGUCUCCUCACUUUGGAUAUUGCAAAGACCUUGCUUAGCAUUAUGUGUGUGACUAACAAAUAUUAUUCAUCCCCUUUAUCAGUGUGAAUGAGCAAUUCUAUUCUAUUGUUUUUAUUAAGUUAUGUAUUUUUUAAAACAAAUUUAUGCUUUUGUUCGCGUUUUCCUAACCAUAUAUUAGAGUGUAUGUGAUACGUGUAUCUUAAAGGAUACUCAUUCUAGAGUCUCAAUGAUUGUAUGAAGGUAGUGUUUUUUGUAACAGAUUAUCGGUAGUUUUUUUUUGUUCUUUUUUGGCUGAGUAAAUGAUGUUAAAAUCUAUGUGAAUUUGGGCUUUCAACUUGAUUUUUUCAGUUCUAUUAUUAUGGACAGUCAGUAUUAUGCAUGAGCAAUAGUUGUAUGAUUUUGAAGUGGUUCACUGAUUGUCAGGUUGUGAAAACUUUUACUCGCUCUGUAUGUGAUUUGUUUUUUCGCUAGCUUAUAUUCACAUUUGGACAUCAAAUGCACGGAACUUUGCUAGUGCCAACAAACUUGAAUUCUGUCUUUGUUUACAAGUUAAAAUAUGACACGUUUUCACUCAGAUUAAAUUGCAGAGUACUUAAUAUACCAUAACAUGGCUAAAUUUUCUGUCAUGGGUGUCAAGGAAAUGUGGAAAUAAUAAAUUAAAAAUAAUGCA